AUGUGUAGUGUGGAGAAAGCAGCAGCGCGGCUACUGAGGGACGCAGCCGCACUGCUGGUUGUGGAGAAAGCAGCAGCGCGGCUACUGAGGGACGCAGCCGCACUGCUGGUUGUGGAGAAAGCAGCAGCGCGGCUACUGAGGGACGCAGCCGCGCUGCUGGUGUAUCAGGACGCCUUCAAAGGCGCGGCCCUGCAGGCGUUUCUGAGGCUGCUGCUGCAACUGCGCCGCUCUGAUGACCCACUGCGUGUUUUGGAGAGCUAUGGGGAGUUUUACCGUCUCAUGGCCUUUGAGGAACAUUCCAACUGGGAGGAUCUGCUGCUGCAUCGCAUCCUAACCGUUGAAAACAACCCCUUUGCCGAGGCAGCAGCAACCGCAGCAACCGCAGCAGCUGCGGCAGCUUCUGCCUCUGACAGAACCACUGGAGCGGUUGCUGGUACUGCCGAUUUGACCACUCCGGGCGGCAAACAGAGCAAGCUGAGAGCGGCAGCAGCUGUGGACUUGAGCUCCUUGCAGCGGCUGUGCGUCAACGAAACCACCCUUGCUUCCUGGGUGGCGGACAUUGUACCGGACAUGCCGGCCGAGUGGCGUGAGGCUGCUGCCGGCGCUGCGAAUGGGGUGGCUAAGGGGAGCCGAGACAGCAACGGAGCUGGCGAGGCCAGGGUGAUGGGUUUUGACUUGACUGCAGCAAGCAAGGAGGCAUUGACCCCUGCUGCCCCUGCUGCGUCCGCUGCAUCCUCCUCUUCCUCCAGUGAAGACCUCUUACCGCCGCGCAUAAGCGGCAUGUGGGACUGGGCGGAUGCCCUGCCGCUCAUCCACGCCUUCCAUGCUGCCAACGGCUAUGGGGAGGCAGCGGUCAGCUCAGUGCUGGAGUGGAAGGGAGGUCGCUUCGUGGCAGCAGCAUUAGUCACCCCACCGCCCUCACCGCUCUUCUCUAUCUACAACGAGCAGCGAGAGGCUCUGAGAGGAUUGGUGCACACACACGUGGACGGCCGACCCUCCCCCCAUGUGCUGCUGCACGGGCCACCUGGCACGGGCAAGUCAACUCUCCUGCGAUCCGUACUCCUCCCCAUGGCCCUCCCCUCCUCCGCCCUCCUCUCCAUCCCCUCCUCCGACUCUUCCUCAACAUCCCCUCUCGCGGGCGAGUCAGGGGAAGGCAGCAGCAGGGGGAGGCGGGAGCUGAGGGUGGUGCUGCUGCAGAAGGGCGAAGUGAAGAGCAUAGCAGGGGUGCUGCAGGCGGCUGCCAAAAUGCCCUCCCUGCGUUUCUGCCUCCUGAUCGACAACCUGAACUUGCGGGCAGGAGAGGAGGCGCUGAUUGCUCUGCGCCAAGUCCUCCACUCUUCCUUCCCCUUUCCCAGCAAUGUACAGCUUCUCGCCACCUCCCUUUCUCCAGACCUCAUUCGCCCUCCUGCUGCCCCCUCCGCUCCUCCUCCUCCUCCUGACGUCAAGCCAACUGAAGUCCACACUUCUGAGUCGUCAAUUUCGCCAGAGGCAGGCCAAACGAGCAGUGCCAGCAGCGGCAAGGGAGAAAUCGGCACUCACUUUGCCUUUGCCCUGCACGUGGGCCGCUUGAACCCACAGCAGCUGCAGCAGUGCCUCUCCGAGCUCGCUCCUGCUCAAUCAAUUGACCACACCGGUGAAGCAACAGCUGCUGCUGGUGGUAGUGCUGCUGCUGGCAGGUGGGAGGGGCAAGGAGAGGCAGAGGACCUAAGUCUGGUCUCUGUCAUGCAAGCAGCAAGGUACCACCACAUGCUGUAG